CAUACGAGGUCACGAUCCGACCUUUGACUCGAGACGGUCACAUGACUUAAUGUCACGUGCAACAUGGAGAAGACUGGAAAGCCUGCAUUGAUACCUUGCCUGGAUGUUAAGGACCGUCAGUUUGAUGGUGUUGUUGUGGUGACAGACAGUUUCUCAAAACUGACUGACAACCUGGAAUGUCUGAAAAAACCACUAGAGGAAUAUGCUCAGAUUGAUGGUUCCUGUGACUCUGAGAUUGUGGUGGUAAACACUGAUGUCAUUCCAUCAAAGCGACUGAUCUACGCACCUACUGGACCCUUGAAUCGGGAUUAUGAUGAUGUUCGGAGGUUUAGUGAUGCAGCGGUUAAGGGCAUCAAAAGAGCCCUCAAGGCUGGCUGCAAGAACCCUCUUCUUGUGUGGCCCAUUGAUGACAGCUUCCCCCGCGCUGGUUUAGUGGCCAUUCUCGGUUCUUUGCAGGCUCUUUAUGUGCCUCUAGAAAUACGGGAAGCUCUCCCAGACAAGGCACAGAAGGCAGACAAGCUAGGGAUCUGGGGUAACAACGAAAAAAAAUUAAAGUGUGGCAUUAUAGUGGCCAAUGCCAUUGAAGAUGGGAGAAUUGUCACACGUGACAUUGGCGGCUCUGACCCAGAACGAAUGGCUGCUCCAAGGGUACAGGAAUAUAUUGAACAUGUCUUCAAGGAUACCUGUAUCAAGAUUGAUGUUAUUUCUGAUGAGAAAACACUUAAAAAGGAAUACCCACUGCUGGCUGCCGUAAACCGCGCUGCAAAAGGUGUUGAACGACAUCAGGGGAGAGUAAUUUGGCUGGAAUACGAAGGUGAAGGUCCCAUUGAAAAGACACUCUUUCUUGUCGGGAAGGGUAUCACCUAUGACACUGGUGGAGCAGACAUCAAGGCUGGUGGGGUGAUGGCUGGCAUGCAUCGGGACAAGUGUGGAGCAGCCACUGUGGCUGGAUUCAUGAAGACGGUGUGUAUUCUGAAGCCGAAAGGUCUCAAAGUUGUCGCUGGUUUGGCCGUGGUCAGGAACAGUGUGGGGUCAGAAUGCUAUGUUUCUGAUGAGAUCAUCACGUCGCGGGGGGGUGUUCGAGUGCGUGUUGGUAACACGGAUGCUGAAGGAAGGAUGGUGAUGACAGACGUACUUUGUAGGAGCAAGGAACUCGCUGUUGAAGCUGUCAAUCCUCAGAUUUUCACCAUCGCUACACUGACUGGACAUUCAAUCCGAGCUGUUGGACCCAACUACACAUGUAUCCUUGACAAUGGACCAGCUAAGAAGAUGAAUAAUGCUCAGAAAAUUCAGGAAGUUGGUGACGAGUUUGGUGAUCCAUUUGAAAUAUCAACACUGCGACGAGAUGACUACGACUUCGUCAAGGGUCCGUCCGAGUAUGAAGAUCUUCUGCAGGCUAACAACCAGCCUUCAACAAUGACCGCCAGAGGUCACCAGAUGCCUGCAGCAUUCAUGAUCGGGGCGUCGGGGAUGGACAAGCAUGGGAUCGACUCAGGCAAACCACUACCCUACACACACCUCGACAUUGCCGGGUCCAGUGGGCCGUACCCCGGAGUCCCCACGGCUAACCCCCUUGUCGCACUGAUCGGUCACUUCGUGGUGCCAAGGAUAUGCCCAGGAUGUAACAAAUGAGCUCGUCGAUGAAAGUUCCAGUUUUCAACAGCAAUGUUAAUAUUUGUUGAGAACAAAAUAGUGCCAUUAUUCAGACUGAUGCUUCGAUUCUUUGGACUGCACAUUCUUGCUUUGGGCACCUAUCCAUUGACUUUAUGCUUCCUGCUUAUUCCCUUCUUUUGUUUUUUUUAACAUCCGUGCUACUAUACACUGAACCAUUCUUACUAAAGUAGGCAUAUAGGUUGUAGAAAUAAUUAUUGCUUAGUGUUAUGUGAGAUGUCUGAUUAAUGAUUUAUACUUGAAGAUUGUUUUGUUUCUUACAUUUACGAAAUAAUUUUUAAAGGAAUACACAAAUUAUAUAGCACAACUACAUGCCGCUUUAUUAUUCAAUUAAAAGUUCCAAACACUGUGAUAUUUAUAAAACUAGUCCUUCAUUUACAAAUAAUUAAAUUUCCGUUAGUCAUUACAAUGUAAAGUCAUCCCAAUGGUCCAUACGUAGCAACAGGAGUUUGUUCAUUUAUCGAUGAACGUGAAAAUUAAGUCGUAUGGGAACGUCAUUUUAUAUGGGCAAGUGGUCUUUUUAAGCGUUAUUGUUUAUGGACCAAAAUAAAGUGUGAACUUUUAGUGUUAUUAUUAGCAAGUAUGAUUCAAAUUUAGUUAUAAGUAUUGUGUGGGGUUUUUUUUUUUAACCCUGAUGAAAAAAAUUAAUAAUCUGCAAACUUAUGUGAGAACGGUUUUGCCGAUUCAGUUUGCAGAUUAUUUAUUUUGUUCAUACCCUGAUGAACGUAAAAGAAAUACGACAAUCCUUAAAUAUUUUUGGAUGUUUAUCCCAAGUGACAAUGUUCUACAGUACCAAUUAAAGGUUUAGAUAAAAGUUCCUGAAAGUGCAUCCAACUAACAAUGACAAGAAAAAGUGCUUUUCAGCAUUUUUAUUUCUAGUAAAUGUCCUUGUUGGCUAUCAACAGUACAUAGUCAUAUUUGUUAGAAAUAUAAAAUUAUUUUCAUCUAUUUUUGUAAUAAAUAAAAGAUUCAUCUAUACAAACAUAUUUGGAUAUGUGUAUUAAAGGGUUCAUGAGCA